AUGGCCACUGGCGUCAAGCAUAUACCAGAGGCCACUCAGGUUGGCGAUUACAUCGUCGAGCACGAGAUAGGCAGAGGGUCGUUCGCAACAGUCUACAAGGGAUACCACAGGGUGACGAAAGAGCCCGUGGCCAUCAAGUCCGUCCUUCGGUCCAAGCUGACAAAGAAGCUACUCGAGAACCUUGCUAGUGAGAUCAAUAUCCUCAAAGGGAUUCGACAUGACCACAUCGUGGCCCUCGUGGACUGCAAGGAAACCGAGUCACAUAUCCAUCUUGUCAUGGAGUACUGCUCGCAAGGAGAUCUUUCGCAGUAUAUCAAGAGGAAAGGAGACGGACCUCCAUCACUCCCAUCACCGCCGGGCGGCGGUUUGAAUGAGGUGGUAGUCCGCCAUUUUCUGAAGCAGCUGGCAUCUGCGCUGGAGUUUCUACGCUCAAGGAAUCUUAUCCAUCGAGAUCUGAAGCCGCAGAAUCUCCUCCUACAUCCGCCAAGCAAUAACAGAGAAGGCAGUGGAUACGGACUGCCGAUAUUGAAGGUGGCCGACUUUGGAUUCGCGCGUUCGUUGCCACAUCUGAGUCUCGCAGAAACGCUCUGCGGUUCACCCCUGUACAUGGCGCCGGAAAUUCUCCGCUACGAAAAGUACGACGCCAAGGCUGAUCUCUGGAGUGUCGGCACGGUUUUAUAUGAGAUGUGCACAGGAAAGCCGCCAUUUAGGGCGCAAAACCAUGUCGAGCUGCUGAAGAGGAUUGAAAAGGCGCAGGACAUGAUCACAUUUCCAGGGGACUUGACAACGGAGGAUCGCACAGGAUCAUCACCCUCACAACCGAGUCAUUACUCAGGAACCACGAUAAGCGAUGACAUCAAGGAUUUAAUACGGCAGCUGCUGAAGCGCAAUCCUGUGGAGAGAAUCUCGUUCGAAGAAUUCUUCAUGAACCCCACAGUGUCGAGCCUGGCUGCACGAAGUCGCUCGAGAUCAUCGCGAAGCAGCUCUUCUGCUCAGGACUAUUCUAAACAGGAUUUGCUGCAGGGAGAUUCGGCAAGACGACCAUCCACUCUGGACCCCUCUCGAUACUCUUACGACAGUGCACAACGCGACAGAGGCGACAAGAAGGCCAUUGGCAUCCAGGCAGCCACGAGAGAUCAGUCGGAAAAAUCGUCGGAGGCAUCAUAUCGAUCAAGGCCCAGAUCACUCAAGGGCGGAUCACCAUCAGCAGGAUCAGAGAGUCGGCCGCCUCUUCAGCUUCCACUAUCAUCGCCAAAGAGCCAUCAUGCCUAUGUCAGCGGACUGGGCAAUCCAUCGCAGCCUUCACAUAACGAUUACCAGACGCAGCCCAGCUCAGUGCCAAUCAAUACCUCCGCCCGACGCAUGAAAUCCAUGGAGGUUACUGCAGCAGAGGCAACCAACAGAGCAUUGACUCCACAACCAUCUUCGCAGCCGUAUCGCCGCAGUACCUUGGUUGGUGUUCCUGAUGUAUCUCGCCGAUAUAGUGCUCCUGAAGACGAUGCGCUUCUGGAUAAGGACUAUGUAGUGGUUGAGAAGCGGGCAGUAGAGCUCAACGUCCUUGCUGAUGAGGUGGCGGCGUCCCCAGCAUCUAAUCCGGCCCGCAUGAAGAGCGGAUCCAACCAAAACAACGGAUUGUCGCCACCAAUACCGGCAUCCUUGACUCAGUAUCGAACUCCACCUCCACCUUUUGUGCCCCAUUCAUAUUCGUCCUCGACACAGUCUCCCCCAUCGAAUACACACUUCUUCUCGACCACUCCGCCCUUUGCUUUGCCUGCGACUCCAACACCGGAGGAGCCAAGAUCGAUCCAGCCUCUGCACAGACCAGCCCUAGGACAGAUUCAACCCAUGUCAUCGCCUGUUAGCGUGCGUUCUGGAAGUCCGCGAGAAGGUGGUGCAACGUCUGUGCUUUCAAAGGCGAUUUCAAUAGCGUCGAUGCGUCUCUUUGGAGCAUCCUCGUCGCCGCCUUCAUGGCGAAGCAAUACAUCGUUGAUCGGUUUCAUGGAUUCAUCUAACAAGAGCGGGGGAGUCGUCGAUGUCAGCCCGGAGGAGAGCCCGGUGGUGCAAUCGAUUGAGGACACUGCUCAUAAGGCCUACGUGGUAUCCCAGUUUGCAGAUUCGAAAAUGGAGGGUGUUCCUCCGUUGGAUGGGUUGGACUACUCUCCGUCUGAAGAGCCUAGCCGAGAUAGUAUUUUGGCCGAGGAGGCGUUUUUUCUGUACCUACGCGCGCUUGCGCUGCUACAGGCUGGCAUGGAUGUCGCUCGGCAGUACUGGGAGGAAAGGCGGCAGGAGGCGAAGCCUGCGUCGAUGAGACUGAACAGUGGGGUCCAAUGGGUCCGUGAUCGAUUCAAUGAAUGCUUGGAGAAAGCCGAGGCGGCAAAGGCUCGCUCUGGGAUCGAUCGCCGUGAGGAGAGCGGUGUUGUGAUUGAAAAGCUGAUUUACGAACGAGCUUUGGAGCUGAGCAAAGCUGCGGCGUUGAAGGAGUUGGUCAGUGACGAUUAUGGCGAAAGCGAAAAAUCGUAUCAGACUUCCAUAUGGAUGCUACAUGCUAUCUUGGACGGUGCCGGUGAAGACGGUCGCAGCGAGGCGAUCGAAGAGGAUGACCGGGAGAUUCUUAACAAAUUCUCGGUCUCGGCGGUUACAGAUUCGGUUGAACGCGAGGACGGUAAUGAGGGCCAAGGCUGA